AUGAUAGACCUAUUUAUGCCCUUUCGGGCUUUUCUCAAAUAUGAGAAUGUUUGCACGGAUAACAACGUUUUUCGCAUGCACUACAAAGUCACUGUUAUCAUGUUGCUGGUCUUCACAUUAUUGGUGACUUCAAAGCAGUUCUUUGGGGAGCCAAUUCACUGCAUGGCCGAUAGCGAAAAGGAUACAGAUAAGGAUGCUGUCAAUAGUUAUUGCUGGAUUUACGGAACCUACACCUUGAAGAGUAGGCUUGGCGGUAAACAAGGCAUAAACUAUGCAUAUGUUGGAGUGGGUCCAGAAUCUUUUAACGAUGAGCAGAUCAAACAUACUUACUACCAGUGGGUUUGCUUUGUGCUGCUUGGGCAAGCUGUCAUGUUCUACACUCCACGGUACCUGUGGAAGAUCUGGGAAGGCGGAAGGUUGAAAGCAUUGGCUGCAGACUUGAGUAGUCCUAUUGUUUCGAAGGAAUUGUGGUCAGACUUCCGUAGAGAGCUGGUUUCCUACUUAACUCACACCAAUAUCUAUACCCACAACACCUAUGCACUGCGAUAUGCACUUUGUGAGUUUUUGAACCUAGCCAAUGUGGUUGGUCAAAUAUUCCUACUAGACAAGUUCCUUGGUGGUGCUUUCCGGAACUAUGGUGCUGCUAUUGCCGCUUUCACGCACACGCCAAAAGUGCCAGAUAACAUGAUAGACUACGACCUCAUCAAUCCUAUGGAUCAGUUCUUCCCGAAGCUCACCAAGUGCUGGCUCCGAAAAUACGGCCCUACUGGUACAUUACAACUGAAGGAUCGGCUUUGCGUACUGCCUUUAAAUAUUGUCAACGAGAGGAUAUUUCUUAUUCUGUGGUUUUGGUUGAUCUUUCUUGCAUUAGUCUCUGCUAUGGCCUUGCUGUUCCGUUUAUUAGUGAUAUCUCUGGCGCCAUUGCGUACAUUCAUGAUAAUGGGACAGUUACGUUAUGUACGCCGUAGCGUGGUGUCGAAAAUCGUGAACACUUUUGGCUAUGGUGACUGGUUCAUACUGUACUCAUUAGGUAAAAAUGUCAAUCCUAUUAUUUAUAAGGAAUUAAUUUUAGAGCUUGGCAAAGAAUUGGAUCACAAACCCAUUGAUGUAUAAGAUGUUGAUAACUAUAGUCUUAUCUAUACUUAUAAUAAAUAAUUGAAUGGUUGUGAUUUACUUAAGAAUCUCUUAGUGUAGAACACUUCAGAGCGUUAUGCCAAGACUGAUUGUUAAUUAGUUUUUUUAUAAUUAUAUAAGAAGAGGUCUAACCAAUAAGGAUAACUAUUUAUGGUGGAACAUUAGUUACAUAUAAAAUACAAAAUAAUUCUCAAGAAACUUUUUGAGGAACAUUCUUAAUACGAGCACUUUAAGUAAUCUCAAAAGAAAUUAUUAUUUAGUGCUUCCUAUUCAUAUACUGAACCAAGCCUUUUGUUAGACCUUUUCAUUGGAAAGAAGUUUAUUUUUUGUUUGUGUGAUCAUUAUUAUCAUGAUCAAAAUUGAAGUAAUUAUUUUUUCUAUUUAGUUUUUAUACUGAAGUACUGGGAUGUACCUACAACAUUAUUGUUACAUAAUUAUAAAAUUAUCGUUGAUCUCAUGUUUCACUUAAAGUUUAAAUAAUUUACUUUGCAUCAUUGUUUACAAAGUUCUGUGAAAUUAAAGCAACUGAAAAUGCCUAAAUUUAGUAGGUAUGUAGGUAGUUAAUUAAUUAAAAUAAUGUUAUGUAAAACAUAACUACUUAAUAGAAAUUGAAUGUCAUUGAAUAAUAAAUGUUAUGAUUGUUAAAUAGA